AAGGCGCCUGUUGACCGAUUACUUCAAACCCGUCGGCGGUAAUGGUGCUUUUCCUCCAGUCUUCGGUCGCUCAACGGAGAGACUUUUAGUCAGCCAGAUGUUCCGACUAUCACCGGCAGUCUGUCAGCAUCAUUUAACAGUUACCCCCAAAGAGGACCAAAUUAUCGGCGGUAUGAAGCUGAAGCGGGCCGAAUUAGCGACGGAUGCUGUUUCCAUGGUGAUGAAACUGCACGCUUUGUUGUGGUUUGCUUAGUUCCUGUUUGUAAAUGUCUGAAUCGAUGACUUGACGUUAAAAAAGAGAGAUGUCCUCCUCGGGGUUCCAUCCCUCUAAGCCUCAGAGCUUCAGGCCUUCCAUCAGCAGUGACGUUGUACAGUCUCGUUCUCCUGCGAACGAUAGAACAGCUGCAGGAACAGCUGAUCCCCAUGGUAGCCCUCUUCUGCUGAGAUUCAACAGUCUGACGCUGGAUGAGCUGAGUGAGGAGCUUGAUAGACGCACCAAAGAAACCCAAAGACUACAAGAAGAGGUAGAAAAUGCAACUAAGGUGGUUCUGGAGCGUUUUGGCUGCAGUUGUAGCAUCAUGAACUCGCCUGGACAAACCCCCCGUGAUAUUAAAUCUCAUGCCUAUGACUCUCUCAGAGAGUCCUCCGUUCUUUCAACCCACCAGCAGGCAGUGACUCAGCCUUUGGUCUUUGGUCUGGAUAUUUUAAACCAGGAAGUGACCCGAAGGGACAUCAGCUCUCCUGGAAAAGAGACGCCUAAUCAAGCUGAGCAAGAACCGUGCUGUCCUCAGAACGCCAUCGCAAACCUUCAGACUGAGCUGCAUAAAGUCCAGCUGCAGAAUGGCGUCCUGUCUGACCUGAGAUUAAAGGAUUCGAGGAAACACGUUGAUCAGAUGGAAAAGAUGCUGUGCUUGUUGGAGGAGCUUCAGAAACUCAAAAGGUCGAGAGACAAGACGCUGCAGGAGAUGGAGGAUGAGGCGAUGGCACUUAAUAGGAAAGUAGAAACAUUGGAGCAGACCAUAAAGGAGAUGUAUCAUACUCUGCAGGAGAAACAAUGUGAACACUCAGUCACCAGCACUAAAUGUAAGAACAGCCGAACGCAGCAGCUUCUGCCUGCUGAGGCAACUGUGGACCUCAAUGACAAGCUCCAGGGGAGGCCUUCUUUGUCAGAAGAACAGAUGGAGAGUGAGGAACACAGUGGAGCAAAUGAACAAGAAAGAGUGGUCGACCUCAUUACAAGUCUUAGCCAGGAGGUGGCGAUGUUGACUGACAAACUGAGCUCAUCAAAAGACCACGGAGUCGGCUUAUGUGCUAAAGUCGAGCUGCUCAAGAAACUUGCUGAGAGACAGUCCUCAUUGCGCCAGCAUCAGGCCAGAGAAAUUGAGUCAACCCUCUCCAGCCUUAAAGAUAAGGUUUGCAGUCUGGAGCAGCAGCGAACUGAGGCUCAGAGAGAAAAAGAGCAAUCACUGACACAGGCAAUGGAGCUUCACUCUCAGCUUGAACAACUUCAGCUCACUGUGCCGCGUGGUUUUAUCCAGAGGUGCUGUGAGCAGCAACAGUUUGAGCUCCAAGAGGGAUUAAAGGUCCUGAGGGGGCAGUUCGAGGUGACCAAGGAGCAGCUUCACCGAGCUGGGGAGGAGAAAAUCUACCUAGAGGCCCUGCUGGAGCAGAGGGAUCAGGAGGGAAGGAAAUCCCAGGAACUCCUGAGGGAGAAACACAAUGAACUCCAGUUGAGACAACAAGAAACCCACCAGCAUCUUACCAGGUUAAAAGAGGCUCAGAGUCAGUGCCAGACCCUGCAGACCGAACGAGAGACACUGAGGCUGAAGCUGAAUGACAGCGAGAGGACGAUAAAUGUUCUAAGGUUCCAGAUGGAGAGCAGCAUGCAGGUGACAGUGCAGCACAGCCACACCAUCGACGGUCUCCAGCAGGAGAACAGCCUCCUCAGCAACCAGCUAAACCAGCACAAGCUGGAGAUGCAGCAGCUAAGGGCUGAAUUGCAGCACCACAAGUCCCGCCUGACUGCUGUGGAGCACGAGAGGCGACAGCUCGAGGCCACUGUGGCCGAGCAGAGUCAGCGCAUCCGGGACGAGACUCUGGAGAAACAGCAGCUUACCGCCCAGCUGGAACUGCAAUGCAUGCAGUUAGUCAGCGUUACAAAGGAGCACAAGGAGCUGCAACAGCUGCACAGCUGUAAGGAGGCGGAGCAUGAGGGUGUGGUGCUGCAUCUACAGAGUCAGAUAAGGAAAGCCCAUGAUGAGCUAGACCAGAUCCGGAGCACCUUGAGGACCCUCAAAGGGGCUGACGGACACGGCCUCCAGGUGGCCUUGGACAUGCAGAAGGAGAUCACUGCCAGGAGAGAGCAGGUGGACUCCAUGCAGAGCAGAAUCCAACACUUGGACGAUAAAGUGGAGAAGCUGUGUCAAGAGAAACACUACCAGAACCUGGAGACCCAGCGUCAGCUCCAGGAGCUCACCUUUGUCCGGGAGGAGAAGAGACAACUUGCCAACGAGCUGGAGGUGCUUCACUCCAAAGAUCAGCAGUUAAGGGACCGGAUCAGUGAGCUGGAAGCAAUUCUUCACAAGAUGUCGGAGAGUUUUGCAAACUGUCAGGAUUUUAUCCAGCUGCGGGAGCAGGAAUAUUUCUGCCUGAAACUCCAGCAUGCCCUUGAUUUGAAGGAGCUCCAAGGUCAAAAUCUGCACACAGCUCUGAAAGGCUCUCCACCUGAUCUGGACUCCCUGAUCCCAUCCUCACACACUGCUCCACCUUCUUCACAGCACGCCUCCAACACCCAGCUGAAGCUAGGGAGGCAGCUGGAGAGCCCUGCCGGUGAGAGCUUUUCUCUCGUCAAAGAGCUUCGAGGAGUGAUUUUGGAGAACCCCGGACCACACACUGACCACAGCACCACCGGCAGCAGCUUCCACAGGAGGAGGUCUGCACCAGAGAGACUGCGCAGGACCACAGUAAGAACUGAUAACGCUGAAGAAGUAAACUCUGGCUCCAAACCGAGGAGAACGACCUGCAGCAGCAAGCUAUGUUUCCUGAAGACAGCUGAGCCGGAUGGGAAAAUAAUGAAGUCCUGCAGUCAGAGCCAUCUUAUAUCGAGACCACAGACUGCAGUGAGGUAUACUUCCUCACCACCGCUACUCUCACUGGGUCGCAGGUCACCAGUCCACUCGCUCCUGACCUCUGACCCAAACAACUAAGAGGGACACGACACAAUGCUCCUGAAACUCUCUUCUAGUAUCAUAGCGGGAGAGAACGGACACAAGAGAAGGCAGAGAGAAACGAAAUCGUCGAUAAAAGACUCAAAUCUACUAACGAUAUUCUACUACUGGUCAACAGGCGCACACGGUAAUGAUUAUUUGCAAUGCUGUUAAUAUGUGUUACAACUGAAAUGUGUGAUUUAUGUUUAAUAUGAAUGCGAGAGUUUGAACGAAGCCAUUUUGUUCUUUAUUUUAGUUUUCACGGUGUUCCAGGUGUUCCAUUGAUGAUCCGUGCAUCGUUUAUGAUCUGUAAAAGAAAUAAAUGUCUGUGGACAUCAGUACGAAGCGUGAAGUCCUUUUGAGCAGACCAGAGUAGCUACAGUGAAAACGUGACCUGAUUCAUCGCACCGAGGGGGCGUUAUAGCGACACGUGACCUGAUACGGCGCACUGAGGCGGCUUCACCCUGCAUCCACAAGGCGGCGCCAGAGUUCUUCACAUCCUGCCGCAAGCUACAGGCUUCAGAGUUCAACUGCGGGAGUAAGAUCAAGUCCAAAUGCGCAUCCUAUGGUCAGAUUGUGUAGUUAAACGGCCUCUGCUACUGAUGGAUGAAUAAGAGUUGAAUAAACACAAAAUGACUUCCAAUGAUAAUCCCUUGUUACAAAAUGAUAGCCAUAUUAACCAUGAGCCUCAAGAGCAAGGCAAACAAUGUACAGAAGCAGAUGUAAGACCAAAAGAAACUGUAAAGUAUGCUGUAACUGAUCAAGCUAAAACAGAGAUUAGAAAAUCCUCCCGUGAAAGACAUUUUACACCUAAAAUGCAGGAGCUAAAAGAGCAAGAAUUGGUCCAAAAGGAAAGAAAGUUCCAGUCAGUCUACGACAAGUG